AUGGCUGUAAAAGACAAGGAGCACAAGGUACUAAGGACGGCAAAAUGGUUCAGAAAAUUUUUGGAUGAAAAAAUAAUAAAUGUUUCUGUGAGGUCUAAACGCUCAGAAUUUGAAAAAGUGUUCAUUACUAUCGAAGUGUGCGCUCACCCCAGAGUUCUGGAUCAGUUUAUGAAACAGAGUAAUUAUCUCCGUACUAUUGUGGAUAAAUACAAUGUGCACCUUAAUCCUAUAAUAGGAAAUGACUGUACUGGAAGAUUACUCGACAGAAUAGCUGAUAUGACCCUCUUUGUUUAUGACGUUUCAGACCCCCAAAGCCUUGAAUACCUUAAAUUAAGAUUAUUGUUAAAUGCACGUCAAAUCGGAAAACCCAUGGCAAUAGUGGGAAUAGGACUUGAAAAGCGAACGGUGAAUAAAGCAUCAGAUACACCAAGUGACACUUGCUGGUGGUUGGCAUAUCAACACAGCUGUCCUGGAAGUGAGAUCAUCUUCUGCGAUCCCGCUCAAAUGACGGCAGGUAUAUUUGGGCUUUAUAUGCUUUGCCAUAAGGAAGAAUUUAAAGUUCCAGCAAUGGAAAUAUGCAACCUUGAGGGUGACCCAGAAAAGGAUCAAGGUGCGAAUGAAAGUGGUGGACAGAAAAAAGGGAAACCUAAAAUAAAAAAGAUAAAGAAAAAGAAUGAAAAAUAUAAAAAGAAAGAUUCCUGA